AUGAUCACGGCAGCUUUGGCGUGGUCUCCACGUGUGACACCCAGACACAACCUACCUCAGCAAUCCUUGCUGUUGCUGAGACUAACAGCACAACGAUGGGUUCCCAACGCAGUUUCGUUUCGGUUGUAUUCCUCCUCCUCAUCCGAUAAUAAUCACAAGAAGCGUGUCGUAUUUUUGGGGACACCUGAAGUGGCUGCCACCACCUUGCGAAGCAUCCAUGAGGACUCCAUCAAAGAAGGCAGCUGCUAUGACCUCGUGGGUGUCGUUACGCAGCCCCCCAAAGCUCGAGGGAGGAAGAAAGACAAACUGGAACCCAGUCCUGUUGCUUUGGUAGCAGAAGAACUGGGCAUUCCAGCCAUGUGGCCCGUCAAGGCAAACGACAAGGAGUUUCUGGAUAACCUAGAAUCCGAGGUAAAGCCUGAUUUAUGUAUCACUGCUGCCUAUGGACAAUAUCUACCGAAACGAUUCCUCGCCACUCCCACAUUUGGAACCGCCAACAUCCAUCCAUCUUUGUUACCGCGGUGGCGAGGGGCAAGUCCUGUGCAACGAGCGCUCGAGGCCGGAGAUCAACCCUUGGGAGUGACUGUCUUGUUUACCGUGUCCAAGAUGGAUGCAGGGCCCAUUAUUGCUCAAAAGGAGGAGCAUGUAGAUGAAAAUGACACGGCAACCAACCUAUUACCUCACCUUUUCUCGAUCGGCACAGAUUGCUUACUGGAAGCCAUGCCCAAGCUCUUGUCCGGCGAAAUUACCAUGGAAACUGCCAAAGAACAGGACGAAGAUGCGGUCGUCAAUGCUGACAUGAUUGCUUCCUCCGAGGCUGAGCUGCAGGUUUGGGAAAUGUCAGCCAAAGCAUGCCACGAUCGAUUGCGAGGAUUUUCCAUGUGGCCAGGUGUAUUCAUCUAUGUGCAGGUAAUAGGAGAGGACGGCGAAAGUGUGGGUAAUCCCUUCAAAAUGAAAAUCCAUGAAACCAGAGUGAUUCCGGAACCACAGGAUCCCACCAAUGUCAUAGCAUUGGGUCCAACCAAAAAAGAUGGCCUCCGAUUGGUAUGUGGUGAUGGGUCUGUGUUGGAAAUGCUUCGAGUACAACCUGCUGGGAAAAAGGCGAUGGACGCGAAGAGCUUUGUCAAUGGAUACCCCAAGAAAACAAUUCAAUGGGUAAAGCCAGAACCAGCAAGUGAUUAG